AUGCGGAAUCACCCCGUUGCGACAGCCCCGGCGCUGGGGGCAAUGGUCAAGGCUGCGUUCGAUUUCAACUAUCGGCAGCGCUUAAUUGGCACCGCCAUAAAGCACUGCAACAGCCCUGAAAAAGAAGUCCGAGCACCUUUAGUAGCUGGACUUCAGGAGAUGGUGGAGUCGGAUCAACGGCUGGAGGGUUCCAAAGAGGCCGUGCUGGCCAUUGGGCGCUUGGCACAGGGCAUGGCCGGACGUAAAGCCAAAGCAGUGCCAGCAGAGGACUCUGAGACCAGCCAAGCGCACCGGGGCCUACACUACGAGCUGCUACAGAUCCUCCUCCACUUGCCGAUCGGUCGCGCCGAUGCUGCUGAGCUGGCAGGACCUGCAGGUGACAUGUCCAAUGCGGAUGAGGAUGUCAAGAAGGGAUUGGCUGAGGCCUCCAUCACGCUGAGCGCUGAACAGCUGCGGAAGCGUGAGGGCGAGCUUCUGUACGAGGUGUUUGUAGUCUACCUCCGCAUCCUCCGGCAACGGCAUCUGCACAGCCGUGAGCUGAUGGGCACGGUGCUCACCGGCCUAGCGCGGUGGGGACAGCAGGUGAACCUGGAGCUUCUUCUUGAGAUUUUGUCAGAGCUGCGCCUGGCGGUCAAGGAUGCUAUCGGAAGAUCCGACGAGCUGGUGGCACUUCAUGGCCUCAACUGCGCCUUGGUGCUACUCAGCGGACCUUCCCAGGCCUUGCUCACAGACGUGAGCUGGCUUUCAGAUUCGAUGACGGGUGCCCUGGCUUUGGCUUUGCCGUCGAUGUAUUCCGUUCACUCUGAGCCUCGGUUCACACCAAGACCUGGACAGCAAAGCGUUGCAACGUCAGUGUCCAUGGUCCGCCCGCGCGAGAGAGCGCCGAACCCGGGACCUGGUGUCCGGCGUGAACGGCCUGCGGGAAUCAUCGGCCGCCAGGAGCCUGUCGUGCGACGUGGGCGUCUUCAACCUGCCAGUUUGGUGCGGGCCACAUCGCUUGGCACAUCGCGCAGCCUCUCUGCACCCCGAGGUGCCAGGCGGACUGCCUCCAUCGGAGCACAGCGAUCGACCACACGGGUCAGGAGCAACUGGGACCCUGCACCGACUGAGCCGAACGAGGACUGGUGCUUUGCCUACUACCUUGCAAGCAGCCUCGACAUACAGGCGUUGACCGAGAAUUGGAAGGCAAGCCUCAGACGAAUACCGCACACUUCACCGCGACCUGGGGAGUACCUCCCCCUGGUGGUGCCAGACUAUGGUCUGGGCAUAGCCUUCCCGGGUGUGGGCGGCGGCCGGGUUUGGGAUGGGGAACCCUUUUGGCUGUUGCCUUGCCUCCGGCGCUGA